AUGGAAUGGAACGUCAAGAGGAGCAAGAGGAAGGCUGGGAGUAAGGAUGUGGGACUCCAGAGCGUGUGGAGGGAAUGGUGGAGACGGUGUGGGGAAAAGGCUAUCACAGCCCUCACAGCCACAGUUGGGUCCUUGCAGGACCAGAUUAGAAAUCAAGGCCAACAGCUUGCAGAACUCAAGGCCAUAUGCAAGGAAACCGCCAAUCUUGUUGGCAACAAGGAUCAAGGGAGCACCCAAGCCAAGCCUGGCCCGUCAACUGGGCCUGUCACCCCUCCUACCCAUUCAGGAGGGGAAGCCCACACUCCAGGCACGGUUAGGCCUGGACUCAAGGCCCUGUUCCACCCCUCAAGAGGGACAGGCUUUGACUCAGAGGAAGAGGAAGAACCCAGGAGAGCUCCCAAAAAAGAGCCUUGCAAUACGCCUAGGAGCCUUAGCUCCCUCACCCCCUUUGACUCAGGGUCCAGUGUGAAGCAGCCCAAAAUGGAACUCCCUGACCCUUAUAAGGGAGAAACCAGGGGACAAAAGGCAACACAAUGGCUCAACCGCAUGCUACUAUGGGUAGCCCUCCACUGCAAUCAAUUUGACAAGGAGGAACAAAUGGUUGUGUGGAUCCUAUACCACAUGACUGACAAAGCUGCGGACUGGGCCCUCCCCAUCAUUGGGACCAUCAUCAAGGGCAAGGGAAAUCCCCCCACUACCAUCCCAGCCUUAACGGCCAAAUUCAAGGAGGCAUUUGCCAAUCCUGAUGCCAAGAGAGCAGCCGCCAGGAAGAUAGCUGCGUUGACUCAGACAACCACUAUGUCUGAGUAUGUCACCAAGUUCCACAACCUCAUAGUGGAACUAGAUUGGAACAAGGAGGCAUACAUUGCCCAAUUCACACACGGCCUCCACUGGAAGGUCAAGGAACUCCUGUCCACCAAGGACAAUAUCCCCAACAACUUGGAGGCUAUCUUUGCCACCUCCAUCAAAAUUGACAAUACUUGUCAGGAGAACAAGGAGAACCAUCCAAAGAAGCAACCGGCUAAGUCCCUGGCUACCAUAGCCACCACUUCCACCACCACCACUCAACGGGUCUGCCUAUUGGAGGAUCCUAACUAUGUCACACCCAAGGAAAGGGACCAUUGCUGCGCAUCUGGGCUAUGUGUCAAGUGUGGACAGAAAGGGCAUGGCAUCAAACAAUGCCCUAACGGUUGGAAGGCUACUAUCAAAGAAGUAGCCAAGAACUUCCCAGCAGAACCCCUCAAAACUUUAAUAGACUCCAGAGCCACAUCCAAUUUCAUCUCUCCCUCUGUUGUUGAAAAAUUAAAAAUCCCAAAAACCCAACUCAAAAAUCCACAAGUUGUGAGAAUGCUAGAUGGUACAAUUUCACAGACUGGUUGCAUCUGGUACCAGGUCCAACUUGCGGUUUUGGCCAAUGGCCAUUUCCAUUCCAUUCCCUUUCUUGUAUGCCCCAUAGGGAAUACGUCUGCCAUACUAGGCAUGACAUGGCUCACCCAGGAGUCACCUCUUAUUGACUGGUCAAUAGGUACCAUUGUAUUCCCUGAGCAAAUCCAAAUUGCAUCAGAAGAAGAAGCCAACCCAGAUCCUCUUGCCAACCUCCCUGAGCAAUACCACAAAUUUGCCUGGGUCUUUGGUGAAGAGGAGUUCAAGGUCCUUCCACCCCACAGGGAGUACAACAUUGCCAUAGACCUGUUACCAGACGCCAAACUCACCCCAGGACCCAUCUACAGCAUGACAGAUGCAGAAUCAAAGGCUCUAAAACAGCAUAUUGAUGAGGAAUUGGCAACAGGGAAGAUCCGUCCCAGCACCUCCUCCACCAGGGCACCAGUCAUGUUUGUAAAGAAGGCAGACGGAUCCCUUAGACUGGUUGUGGAUUACUGGAAACUUAACAAUGUCACUUACAAGAACAUGUACCCGCUUCCCAGACAGGAUGAUCUCAUGGCAAAACUCAGACAUGCAAAAAUGUUCACCAAACUAGAUUUGCGUUGGGGUUACAACAAUGUCCAAAUCAAGGAAGGAGAUGAGUGGAAAACAGCCUUUAGGACCAAAUAUGGGUUAUUUGAGUACUUAGUCAUGCCCUUUGGUCUUACCAAUGCUCCAGCCACUUUCCAACAUUUCAUGAACAACCUAUUCAGGGAUUUGAUAGACGUGACUGUGGUAAUGUAUCUGGACAAUAUCUUGAUCUUCUUGGAAAAGCCAGAGGAACACCCCAACCACCUAAAAGAGGUCCUUUCCAGACUCAUGAAAAACCAGUUGUUCUGUAAGCUGUCAAAAUGCCACUUCCAUGUCACCAUGGUGGACUACCUGGGUAUUGUUAUCUCCCCAGCUGGAUUCUCUAUGGACCAAAAGAAGAUAGAAGCAGUCACCACAUGGCCUCAACCCAAAACAGUCAAACAGGUCCAGGCCUUCUUAGGGUUUGUCAACUAUCUCCAAUGGUUCAUUCCUAACUUUAGCUUGGUUGCUUGGCCUCUCCACAACCUCACAAAAAAGGAAACCCCCUGGACAUGGAGUCACCCAGAAGAAGAAGCCUUCCAAGAACUGAAAUCCCUUGUCACAAAGUCCCCAGUCCUUAUCCACUCCAACCCUGACGCCCCCUACUACCUAGAGACAGACGCAUUGGGUGUAGCCAUGGGAGCAAUCCUUAGUGCCAAAGUCAAUUACAACACCCAUGACAAGGAGCUCCUGGCAAUCAUCAAGGCCCUUGAAGAAUGGCAGAUCUUCCUAGAAGCAACAGAUAAACCAGUACAGGUAUUCAUGGAUCACAGAAACCUGGAAUAUUGGAUGCAGGCCCAAACUUUUAACCAGAGACAUGCUCAAUGGUGUAUUUUCCUGAGUGACUUCAACUUUGAAAUUCACUACCGCCCAGGAAAACAGUCAGGGAAACCAGACGCCCUCUCCAGAAGAUCAGAUUACAUAGACUCCCCUCCAGACCCAGAAGUUAUGCUCCUGUCAGAAGUAUUUGCCAAUACGUCAGAAGAGGAAAUAGAGAUUGUCACCAAAAUACGUGGCAAACUAAGGGAAGACCCUUCCUUGGAACAGAUCAUCCAAUUCUUGACAGAGGAUGUGGAAGACGCGCCCCCCUCCAUCAGAAAGGCUUAUUGGGAUUACAACUGGGAAGAAGACCUACUAUGGUAUUGCAGAAAACUUGUAGUUCCAGACUUGGAAGUCUUGAAAGAGCAACUCCUCAGGGAAUUCCAUGACUCCCCCCUGGCAGGGCACCCAGGCCAACAAAGAACCCUGGAGCUCUUAAGUUGCAACUAUUGGUGGCCAGGAAUGAAGUCUUCAGCAAAAGAAUGGGUAGAAUGCUUCCCACCAUUCCCAUUCCACAUGAUCUCUUAUGACUUCAUCACAGGGUUUCCCAAGUCACAGGGGUUUGAUACCAUCCUGGUUGUCAUAGAUUCCUUUUCUAAAUUCAGACACUUCAUUCCAACUACCAAAAGGGUUUUGGCCAAAGGCCUAGCGGAACUAUUCAUUGCACACAUCUGGAAAUUACAUGGGUUGCCAGUCAAGACAAUCUCAGAUAGGGGUACCACGUUCACAGGGAAGUUCUUGAGGGCACUAUACCAACGUCUUGGAAUCAAACCCGCCUUCUCAUCAGCUUACCACCCAGAAUCUGAUGGACAAACAGAGAGGAUAAACCAGUUCAUUGAGUUCUACCUAAGGUCAUACGUUGCAGCAGACCAUUUGGAUUGGGCCACCUGGUUGCCAUUAGCAGAAUAUGCUUACAACAACACUAAACAUACCGCUACUGGGAAAACCCCCUUGUCCUAG